AUGACGUGUUCUACCGACAUUGCCACUUACAACAAAGUCAGGUCAGAAAACAAAUUGUUUCAAUUUCUCAAUGCCCUUGAUCAAAAGUAUGAUUCCCUUAAAAGAGAGAUCCUCCGGUGGGACCCCUUGCUGUCUGCUGAAGCCGCCUAUGCUGCUGUCCGAAAAGAAACAGCACAUCAAAGUAUUUUCGGGAACAUACAACAA